UGGCGUGAUGACGUGUGUUUCUCGUUGGGCGUGACUGGGUGUUGAAGGCAGAGCUCAGAGAGCAGAGAGAUCAGAUCAGAUCAACGUAACCGCAGACGCUCAACUUUUACCACCGAAAGUGAGAUAAAUCCGUCCAAGGAGUGGCGUUAAUGUGGAGCCACUAACAACCUAACAAAGUCUUCUCUCUUCAUACACUUUAAACGCUCGUUACCAGUCAGGCAUGGCUGCCCAGUGUGUAACCAAGGUGGAGCUGACGGUGUCCUGUGAGAAUCUCCUGGACAAAGACAUUGGCUCCAAGUCCGACCCUCUGUGUGUCCUGUUAAUGAGCAGCUCUGAUUCCCAGUGGUAUGAGGUGGGCCGCACAGAGAAAGUCCAGAAUUGCCUCUGUCCAAAGUUUGCAAAAAAGUUCGUCAUCGACUACUACUUUGAAAUAGUGCAGAAACUGAAGUUUGGGAUUUAUGACAUCGACAACAAAACUAUUGACCUGAGUGACGAUGACUUCCUGGGGCAACUGGAGUGCACCUUGGGCCAGGUUGUGUCCAGUAAAAAACUGACCCGACCACUUGUCUUGAAGAACAAGACCCCUGCGGGAAAAGGGACCAUCACAAUCAGUGCAGAAGAAAUAAAAGAUAACAGAGUGGCAAAUUUUGAAGUUGAAGCAAGGAAGCUAGAUAACAAGGAUUUCUUUGGGAAGUCCGACCCUUACCUCGAAUUCUACAAGCAGACAGCAACUGGAUGGCAGCUGGCUCACAGGACCGAGGUGGUGAACAACAACUUGAAUCCAACAUGGAAACCCUUUCGGAUCCCCCUGCAGUCUCUCUGUGGAGGAGACAUGGAUAAACCAAUUAAAGUUGAGUGUUAUGACUAUGACAACGACGGCUCACAUGAUCUUAUUGGAGCCUUUGAGACCACAAUGACACGCUUCCAACAAGCAUCACGAUCAUCUCCGGCAGAGUUUGAAUGUGUCAACAGUAAAAAGAAACAGAAGAAGAAAAGCUACAAGAACUCUGGUGUUGUGGGCGUGAAGAUAUGCCAGGUGGUGAAGGAGUAUACCUUCCUGGAUUAUAUUAUGGGAGGCUGCCAAAUCAACUUCACUGUGGCUAUUGACUUCACAGGCUCCAACGGGGAUCCCAAGUCUCCUCAGUCUCUGCAUUACAUUAGUCCUCAGGGCGUGAACGAGUACCUCUCUGCUAUCUGGUCUGUGGGCAAUGUCAUCCAGGACUAUGACAGUGACAAGAUGUUUCCUGCCUUUGGCUUUGGAGCCCAAAUCCCUCCCACAUUCCAGGUUUCCCACGAGUUUCCUCUCAAUUUCAACCCAGCAAAUCCAUUUUGUGCAGGCAUUGAAGGUGUGGUGGAGGCCUACAGGGUGUGUCUGCCCCAGGUCAAACUCUACGGUCCCACCAACUUCUCCCCUAUCAUCAACCAUGUAGCCUGCUUUGCCAAGCAAGCUCUCCAGCAGACCACUGCAUCACAAUACUAUGUUCUGCUGAUCAUCACCGACGGUGUGAUCACAGACAUGGACGAUACACGCAGUGCCAUCGUCAACGCCUCUCGUCUGCCCAUGUCGAUCAUCAUUGUCGGUGUAGGGGGGGCGGACUUCGAUGCCAUGGAGUUCCUGGAUGGAGACGAUGGACGUUUGCGCUCACAGACUGGCGAGGCUGCCAUGCGGGACAUCGUCCAGUUUGUGCCAUACAGGCAGUUCCAAAAUGCUCCUCGAGAAGCAUUGGCAAAGAGUGUGUUGGCAGAAGUACCGAGUCAGCUGGUGGACUUUUUCACUACCAUGAAGCUGAGUCCACCCAAUCCUGCAGCAAACCCUGCAGCAAACCCUGCUGCAAACCCUGCACCAGUCCCUGCAGGGACCAUCUGAUACUACAAGGAAGAAACCAGACAUCCGCCAAUCUCAUCUCCUGCAGAUAUAAAACAGAUCCCAGCUUCUCCUCACCACGCAGUUAGACAAAUGUCCUUCUUAUAUUUUUCUAAAUAACCCUUUUUUUCACCACUAUAUGCACCUUAGGCAAAGACAACCAACCCACCCACACACACACAAUACAUCAUACAUAAGCACUCCACAGUAUUGACCAACCUAUGUUUUUUAAGUGUCAAAAUAGACCUAGCUUAUCUUAGAUAUUAACAUACAUGUGUGUUACUUUUAGCUGUUGUUCAGUGCCACUGCAACUUAAAAAUAGAAAACAUACAUAAUCAUUCCAUCAUUUUUGAAAGAUUAAGUUAAUGGGCAGGGAAUUGCACUUUUAAAAAUUGUCUUUUAAAAAGCAUUCAGGAUUGUUUCUGUAGUACUCACUGAAACAGGAACACUGCACUGGGUAUAAAUCGUCCUGCUGCUGGUUUUUAAUGCAUCAUAAGAGUGUGCAGUUUAUUUUUAUGCCUGUUCGAUGGCUCCAGCAUCAAGUUACAAUAGUAUUGUAAAAUGCUUUUACACACCAAGAUAAUGAAGAGGAUCUGGUGGGACUAAAUAUAUCACAUAAGUUAGUGGACCCCCUC